AUGUCAGAUUUCACACCCGUCAACAAGACUUCCAGCGAACCUGCUAGCGGACGCGACACCAUGGACUCAUCUGCGAUUAAGAAUGAGCAUAGCUCCGAGAGCGCCGACGAGGAUACUGUCAAGACUCCUAUCGAGGCUCCUGCCGUGGCUCCCAAAAAGCGAGGCCGGAAGAAGAAGGAAGACAACGGUGAUGAACAGGAAAGUCCGUCCAAGAUGAAAAAGACAACCAAGGCCAGCAAGGAGGGCACGCCCAAGAAGAUGACCCUGCCUCCAACCCCUGCAACGUACGAGGAGGCCGGCGAAGCAGACCGUCUCCUCCUGCACAUGAAGGAUGUGGAGAACAAGCCCUGGGGCGAGAUCAACGCCGCCUGGGAAGCGAUCACCGGCAUCAACGUCGGAAAGUCAACUCUCGGAGUGCGCUAUAUGCGUCUCAAAGCAAACUUCACCGUUUGGUCCAAGGACGAUGAAGAGAAACUCGUUGCUGCCAAAAAGGAAAUCGAAGAGAAGUUCGAGGUCGAGAAAUGGAGUCGCAUUGCCGACUUGAUCGUGGCCAAUGGAGGCACCAAGUACAGCACUGCUGCCAUUCAGAAGAAGAUCAAGGAUCUUUCCAAGAAAGCAACUUCCUCUAGCGACGAGUAA